UGUUGGGUUGCAGGUGCUCCUCUCGCUGGCGGGACAGUUGCCCAGAACCAUGAGACAAUUCUGAAGCUCCAACAUCAGCAGGAGGAACCCAAGGAACUUUCUCACACACUUACAUACACACACACACCCAUUCCCUCUCACAUACACACACUUCUCCAGAUCAGUGGUGUAGCCUACUCAAGAUUGAUCCCGCCCCGCUCACCAAUCAUGCCGACAGUCGCCCUAACUCUCCUGCUUCUGCCCCUGCUGACCUCUGCCCUGCCCUUUCAGCAGAGGGAAUUCUGGGAUUUUGGGAAGGACAUCGAUGUGAAGGACCUGCUGAUGACGAUGAUGAAGGAUCAGGAGGAAGGCUCAGCGUUUGAGGAGUUCCCCCAGCCUGAGCAGCCCUCCUGCCCUUUCGGCUGCACCUGUAACCUGAAGGUGGUGCAGUGCUCUGAUCUCGGUUUGACCUAUGUGCCGUAUGACAUCCCCUCAGACACACUUCUGCUGGACCUGCAGUGUAACAGGAUCACAGAGAUCAGAGAGGGAGACUUCAAAGGCCUCACCAACCUCUAUGCUCUGGUACUGAGGAGUAAUCAGAUCUCCAGGGUGCACCCACGGGCAUUCGUGCCUCUGAAGCGGCUACAGAAACUCUACAUUUCCCACAACCAACUGACCUCCAUCCCCCGCAACCUGCCUGCAUCACUUGUGGAGCUCCGCAUCCACGAUAAUCACAUCCGCAAGGUGGCAGCAGGGACCUUCUCCAGCUUGGGCAACAUGCAUGUGAUCGAAAUGGGCCGGAACCCCAUACAGAACAGUGGAUUUGAACCUGGAGCUUUCAUCGGUCUCAAACUCAACUACCUGCGCAUCUCUGAGGCCAAACUGACUGGAGUUCCCAAAGAUCUGCCAGAGAAUCUUAAUGAGCUUCAUUUGGAUCAAAAUCAGAUCCAGGCCAUCGAGCUGGAGGACCUGAGCCGGUACAAGCAGCUCCAGAGGUUGGGUCUUGGGUUUAAUCAUAUUCGUCACAUUGAGGAUGGUGCUAUGUAUUUCUUGCCCAACCUGAGAGAACUCCACCUGGAUAACAACCGCCUCUCCCGUGUGCCCUCAGGUCUGCCCGACAUGAAGUACCUUCAGGUGGUCUACCUGCACUACAACAACAUUACUGACGUAGGGGUGAACGACUUCUGUCCGAUGGGAUUCGGAAUGAAGCGAGUUUUCUACAAUGGAAUCAGUCUGUUUGGAAAUCCCAUCAACUACUGGGAGGUCCAGCCGUCCACAUUCCGCUGUGUCAGUGAGAGGAUGGCUGUGCAGUUCGGAAACCACAAAAAAUAAAAAACGCUUUUUGACACCCAUCCACCCACACCCAUCCACACACACACACACACACCUAUGAACACACAAAUACAUUUUGUGUUUUUUUUUCAGGGCCAUUUCUAAACAUUUUGGACCUCAUGAGACAUCCUACUUGGGGACUCCCACUCACCCACUCAUCUAUCCUAAUGAUAUUAUUUUGUCUGUAUGGAAGAAUUUUAUUUAAACUUCAUUCAUUUUAAUUAGAAAAUACGUUUUAAUACAUUCAAAUGUAAACACAAUACAACAAUAAGUAACUAUAUGAAAAAUAAUUCUAAAUUUGCUGUAUAAAUAAUUAACAAAGUGCAAUAAAUAAACACAAAUAAAACUACUUUUGUGUGUUUAAGUGGAAUGUGACUAAUUCUGGUUUCACUGUAAAAAUUGCCGUAUCUGUUUAACAUAAAUAAUGACUUUCUAUGGUAACAAGAAACUCAACUGGGUUUUAUUUUUUUGGAUUUUGCUCUGAAUUGCUGAAAUAAGUGACUGUUUAUAUGGUAAAUGCGGAUGCCAUGGUUCCAUUUCCCCCUAGGCUGUUUUAUAGAAAUGGAGAUAAAAUGAAGAUCUUAUCUAAUUUGAUACAUUUGAAACAGAAAAUAUACUUUAAAAAGAAACGAUUCUACAGCACAAAAGACACAACAUAUUGAUACUUACCCUACUGAACUUCAUUUGGAAUGCUGAACACAGGAGAUGGGGUCUCAAUAUAAUUUCUGGUCAUAUCUGAAAUGGUUUUUGAUUAAAUUUCAGUAUUAUGUGUAAAAAUGUCUAGAUCAAAUGUUAUAAAGAAAAACAUGCAUGAAUAAAAGAUUAAUAAAAAAUA